AUGCAUCUCUUCAUUGGACUUUUCUUCCUUAUCCUUGUGGAAAAUGGGUUCUCCGCUCCAAUAAUUGCCAAACGGGACACAUUCCCUGAAAAAGCCCAUCUGGUGAAGCAAACGAAUCGAAUACGUGCAGAAAUAGCUGAGAAAAAACAAAUAGCUAAUAUGCAAGAAGUGCACUGGGACACCGAUCUCGAGAAGAUAGCCGAAGGACUUCGAUGCGACAACUACAAGAAUCCAGGAGCAAACUACAUGAUACUCGCGUAUCCCGCUUUUUUUGGAAAUGCAACAGAGAAGAAGUAUGUUAUAGAAGCAAUGGUUAACUUGGACUAUCAUGUCAAUUCAAUUCCCGGACAAUCAAAAAUCGGAUGCUAUCUUCCCGAUAUAGUCUGCCCUAUCCCACAUACCAGAACUUCUAUCGUCUCGUUUUGUCUUGUCGGACCGAAAACCAGCAGAGAUGAUGGGGAUAUCAAGAAGGGAGCACCAGGAUCACAGUGUCCAAAUGGGAAGGCAGCUAAUGGAUUGUGCAAGGCAUAUUAUGUUUGA